CCCAACUCUUCCUUUUAUAAGGGAACACACCUCCAUAUAAUAUAAACCUUUACACAUUAACAGAUAGUUGAAUCACAAAACACAAAGUAUAUCAACAUAUAAUCACCCAUUCCACACUAUGGUAUCAAGCAGAGUUUUUACAGUUUUAGCAAUUGGUUUUACAGUGAUUUUUAUUCUUGUUCUGUUUAAUGAAUACUACAAAGAACAACGAUUACAUGCUGGUCGACCAAAAAUAAAAAAAUCAGAAAUUAAGGAUACUGAUAUGAACCCAAAAACGUUACACUCUUUCCUACAAAAUAUGAUGAAACAAAUUCAACAGCUUGAUUGGCGUUUGAAAGAAGAAGAAGACUUUAAAAAAUACAAACAAGCAAGAGAUUCUAUUGUAAAACUGUUACCUAAAUUGACAAAUAACACAUAUGACACAACAUUUCACGUCCUAGUUGACACAGUACAUAAAAAAAUUUACAGCAAUAGAUAUAAGGUUAUUAUUUUAGUCUCCUCAAACGCACCAAAUUUUGAACGGCGGAAAAACAUAAGGCGGCUGUGGGGAAAUAAAAAACACUGGAAGAGUCAUAUGUGGGAAGUGUUUUUCGUCACGGGUGGCUCACCUGAUGCAAAGGUGAUGAGAAAGCUAUACAACGAAGCAGAAAAAAAGAAAGACAUCAUUAUAGAAGAUGUACCAGAGGAUUUUUAUAAUCUGGCUAAAAAAGUAAUGAUAGGACUUCAAUGGGCACAUGUUAACUUCAAAUAUGAUUAUAUUUUGAAGUGUGAUGAUGAUGUUUUUGUUCAUGUUGACAAUUUAGUGGAUAAUUUAAAGAAUUACCAAAGAAACACAUUUUUUGGUCAAUUAAUGGAAGGACAACCAGUAUUGCGAUCAGGACGGUAUGGUGUUUCUGAGGAAGAGCAUAAAGCAUCACAAUAUGAUCCAUACUGCUCAGGUGGCGGCUUUACUUUAUCCCACGAUGUUAUAAACAGCAUUAUACCAUUAUUUGAUUGGGAACGUCCACUAAAAAUAGAUGACGCUUACAUCGGUAAGUUGGUGUAUAAAUCGGGGACACAUGCAAAACACAAUGACGGUUUUUAUAUGUGGAACAAUAAAUGUGAAUACCAUGACAACGUGAUUGUAACGCAUCCGGUAAAGGAACUACCAUGCAUGAAAGAAUUACAAAAAACAGCAUUGUCGAAAUCGUCAUUUUUUAAAUCUAUCAACCUUGAUAGUUUAACUGAGGAAGCUACUGUGGUAAGGCGUAGUUCAUAGUUACUAGAUGGCUAUUUACAGAACAAAAACUUCAGUUGCAAAUAUUUUUAAACAUAUGAAAUAUAUAUUUUGUUGUAUUUAUUGUAGUUGAUUUUUUAAAAAAAAAUAUAAAAAAUUAGA